AAGAGGGGAGGGUGGGGGGGGUGUGUUUUGGAGGAAAAUUGCAUCGCUGGUGGUGUUUUGGUUUUGGCUGGAAGGUUGUACCCACGCGAGACCGCUCCGGCCACCGCUCGCCGGAGGGGAAAGCUGAGCCUGGGGUUUGUCACCCGCUCCCCAUCGCUCCGGAUUGUGGCCGGGGACCCGGCUGGGGUUUGGGGGGGCCCAUCGCGAGAUGUACCAGAGUUUAGCCAUGGCAGCUAACCCCGGCCCUCCGGCGUACGAGGGGGCAGGUGGCUUCAUGCACAGCGCGGCCGCAGCGUCCCCCGUCUACGUGCCCACCACGAGGGUCACCUCCAUGCUCCCCAGCCUGCCGUACCUCCAGAGCAGCGGCUCUUCCCAGCAAGGCAGCCCCGUCUCCAGCCACUCCAUCUGGACUCAACCCGGAGCCGAAAGCGUCGCUUACAACCCCGGAUCUUCUCACCCUCCUGUGUCACCUCGGUUCUCCUUCUCCACCAGCACCCCCAUCCCCGCCACCUCUUCCCGGGAAGCCGCGGCGGCUUACAGCAGCUCCUUGAACCUUUCGGCUAACGGGAGGGAGCAGUACACCAGGGGGUUCGGCAGCUCCUAUUCCAGCCCUUACCCGGCUUAUAUGAGCCCAGAAAUGGCCACCACUUGGACUUCUUCACCCUUCGACAGCCCCAUGCUGCACAACCUGCAGAGCCGAGGGACGCCCGCGGCCGCCCGGCACGCCAACAUAGCAGAAUUUUUUGAUGAUUAUUCUGAGGGGCGAGAAUGUGUCAACUGCGGGGCCAUGUCCACCCCGCUCUGGAGGAGAGACGGCACGGGGCACUACCUCUGCAACGCCUGCGGGCUCUACCACAAGAUGAACGGCAUCAACCGGCCAUUGUUCAAACCUCAGAGGAGGCUGUCGGCUUCUCGCCGUGUCGGCCUCUCUUGUGCCAACUGCCAGACAACGACGACCACGCUCUGGCGCCGGAAUGCUGAGGGAGAGCCCGUCUGUAAUGCCUGCGGACUCUACAUGAAGCUCCAUGGGGUUCCAAGGCCGUUAGCCAUGAGAAAAGAGGGCAUUCAGACAAGGAAGCGCAAGCCGAAGAAUCUUAACAAAACAAAGACACCAGCAGGUCCAUCCAGCAGCGAGAGUCUUACCCCGACCACCAGCUCCACCAGCAGCAGCAGCAGCACCACGACCACUGAGGAAAUGCGUCCCAUAAAAACAGAACCUGGGCUCUCAUCUCAUUACGGGCACCCCAGCCCAAUUUCUCAGGCAUUCUCAGUCUCUGCCAUGUCCGGACAUGGAUCAUCUAUUCACCCUGCGAUUUCAGCUCUGAAGCUUUCCCCGCAGGCUUACCAGUCAGCUAUCAGCCAGUCUCCACAAACCAGCUCCAAACAGGACUCCUGGAACAGCCUGGUGUUAGCUGAAAACCACGGGGACAUCAUAACUGCAUAACCUGGUCUUCCACCCACGGACUCCAGGUUGAUCUGCUUGAGAGAUGAAGAAGAUGCCAUGUAAUCAUCAAGUCAAUGUUUCCCACCUCCUCUGCUCUCCUGCCUUCUCUCCCCUUGUGAGAUGUUCCAGCAAAGAGGUAAAGAGGACUUACCUGAGGUGUCGAGAGCUCUUAUGAAAUGAACAGAGAAGACUCAAAUCUCAAAGUACCUAAUGGAUUUGAAGCCUUUUUUCCCCACUUUAAAUGAGCCUCUCUAUAUUUGAUUGUCACCACCUUCCACAAAAUAGCCAGAAACACAAAGAUGGACACAGUUCUUGAGUUUAGUUUAUUUAAAAAUAUCUGGCAUUUAAGACUCAAGACAAUUGUGGAGCAGAGACACUUUUUUUUUCUUCUGUCACCAUCUGUUUUUUUCCUGACCAGAAGAAAAUGCCACCAUCUUCUCAUUACCCAAAUUCAGUGAUCUUCCACCAAAUGGAGCCAGUUCCAGAACAGUUUGUCGAACAGACUUCACUAGAUGUGCUGUGGUGGCUUUAGUGGAUUUGAUAUGAUCUAGGGCAGAGAAAAAAAGCGACCCUCCCACACACACAUCGUCAGCUUACACAUCUAGAACAUUGUCUUCAUUUUCCUCAAUGGUCUGAAAAGCUAAUGAAUGUCUGUAUUUAAUAGUAACUCCUUUCCUAUUUAUCAUUACAAAAUCAUGGGACUGUGUUUCCAAAAGGUUGUUGGCCGAGCCUGGAGAAGGUCUGUCCAAAGUCAAAGGGAGAUUUUGGAAGGAGGAACCUUCUGGAAGCAGGUAGAGGAGACCCACAUUUGUCACCAAAUCCUGGAGGAGAUUGCUGGGCUCUUCCCUUAUGGAUAGCUACAAGACAGGCUCAGAGAUCAUUCAAGAGCACAGCAAGUGAAAGAUGCUCUUCUAACACUGCUGUGCCGUUGCUUUGGAGACAGUUAAUUUAAUUAUUUUGCAUACUUUCCUGUCGGUCUUGAUGUCAUUGUUGAAAUCUGAUUGUCAUUUAUUUUUGCCUGUGCUGUGAGUGCCCACUUCUCCCCCUAACAGCUGGCUCGUGACCAUUUCACACAUCUAACCCUUUAGGAUUUCACCUUUUGCGACAAGCAAAGGCUUCAGCCUCUAACUGUUAGCCCCCCCCCCAACAGUAGGCAGGGGCUGUUUUCUUUUCCAAGCAUGUGCAUAGACUCGCUUGCCUGCAGGAGAAGCAUAACUCCAUUCACACACGAGUAUUAAACAAGACUCGUGCUUUUUCCUGCCCGUAAGGCUCUCGGCAAUCAGGGAAUCCUAGCAAACGGAGUUGGAAGAGAUGCUGAGAGCUCACUGACUCAUUCCCUUUUCCCAAUGGGAUCAAGUCCACCUAACCUAGCCCUGACUGCUCUUUCUCUAGCAUGUGCUUAACAAACUCCAGCGCUGCAGACGCCACAGCUCCCCUGUGCAGUCUAAGUGCUUCACCAGAUGCUUGCCAUGACGUUUUCAUCAACAUUUCUGAGAAGGGACAGCUUUGCCUGUCCAAGCAGAGAAUUUCUGCGAGACCUCGUCCUACAAGAUUCUCCACUCUUGUUUCUGUCCGCUCCCAAACUCUGUUACUCUUCUUGCCUUGCCAGCUCCUCUCCUCCCUGCAUCCAGAACUCGAGUACGGAACUACCAAGUAAAAAUCUGGAAGAGGGAUUGCGCAUCCCUCCCAAAUGUGCCAUCCUCUGUCUCCCACGGUUUAACAUUCCCACAAAGAAUGUUUCCACGCAAACACCAAGAUACACGGCUUGGCGAAGAGGGGAGCCACAUACAUGUUUGAAGCAAAAGAAUGGCAUUGUGUUGUCUUUGCUUGAACUCACCUUUUUCCUCCUGAUGGUAGAAAAGCUUCUUUAAGGAGAAGAAUUCAACUGGACUGGUGGUGAUAAAGACUGGGACUGGAGUCACAGGAGAGACCUGGACCCUUCCACAUUCCCUGUGCUCGGCGUAAUGCAGAUUUGCAGGGUUUUGGAGGGGUGGCAGAGCCUCUGCACUCCCCAGAGAAAAACACCAUAGCGGUGAUGCCAUGGGAAUGGCUGGAUGGUGUUUGCACCAUAUUUUCCACUCUGUCUUGCUGAGCUAAUGCAGGGUCUAGCCUCAUUGGUGUUUAUUAAAGACAAGGAAAAGACAUUCAUGAAACAUGAAUAAAAGUAGGUUAGAUUCUGUGAUUCUGCUCAGGCCUGGUAGGCUGCAGAAAUGAGGCCAGAAAUAGCACCUAAAAAUAUGAAUUUGGACUGGAAACAUGAAGGUGUUUUUCCCUGGGCAUGCAGGUCGUUACCCAUCCUCCUCCUUGAACUAUAUUCCUUUGUAAAUGGCAAUUGAGCUCUCUUGGGAUCUGGCUGUGAAUUCCCAUCUGUGACAGAGAAUCAUGCACCACAAAGAUGCCACUUGGCUAACGGGAUACCCUGGACAACCUGAGAGGGAGGGAAGUGGGUGGUCUCCUGGAGAGAAGCUAAGGUCCAGACCAACCACACGCCCCCUUUCUCUUUCCAUCUAGAAGCUCCCAGGGGCUUUGUCCACCUUGCCUUAUUACUGUGCUCCUCCUCCCACCCUCAAAGCCAAACUCCCUGGCUGAAUUUUUUGCCUGCCCUCAAAACACACUCCGAGAUGCCAUAAAGGAGUCUGUUUGCCAUGCAAGAGGGGAAAACCCCUGCAGGAUAUAAGCCUGCCUUGUACCCCCUCAGGUUAUCUAAAUGACCACGGUAGAGAUCUGUUAACUGGUUCUCAGCCUUCCACAAAGCCUUAAAAAUAAUUCUAGAAACACAGAGAGGAGCAUUUACAAGGACCCUGAUAACAGAACAAGAUGUCUGCUUUCAAAAGGUGAGGCUCUGGGGGCCGUGAGGACAACUUGGCUCUCUUUAGUGGUAGAAAUCGGCUCUUUUGUCCCCACUUUUGCAGUCCAAGCUGUAGAAGUUCGGAUGCACCUGGUUCGUCUUUCUUUUCAGUCACCCGAAACUGCGGUAGAGCUAUUUUCAGCUCAGGGCCACUUGCCAUAUUGUGGCCAACACUGAUAUCAAGACACAUGGAGAACCACUAUGGCAGGUGCUGUACAAACACACCAUAGUAGAUGGGUCCUGUCCUAAGGAGCUUGUAGCAGUAGAAUUACAGAGUAAUUUAAGGCAGAAGGGACUAGAUCAGGUUUCUCAGGGCCCUGUUCAGUCAAAUGUUGAACAUCCCCAAGGAUGGAAAUCCUACAACCUGUCUGGGUUCCUGUUCCAGUGGUUGAUCACCCCCAUGCCGGAAAUGUUUUCCCAAAUAGAUGUUAGAUUCUAAUGAGAGGCAAAAUCAUUGGUAAAUUAAUUGCUCAGACUUGGGGACUCCCAAAAAAUGAGUCACUGCAGGAGACUGAACGUUGCCUCCAAGCCCAGGAGUCACACAGAGCCCCUUCUUGGAGGUAGGAGUUGGGAUGGCCAACACCAGAACUCACAGGACAAAAAAGUGCUACCAGUUCCAGGAGACUCAUCUCAUUCUAGCAAGAGGGACAGCUUACAAAACUCAGGGUUCCAUCUGAGCUCUGCUUUCCUUCCCGUGAUGGGGGAGGCAUUUAGAGCCAGCGUUGCUAAUAUAAUUAGACACAAUUAUUAGAGACUCGUUACAGCAAGAUCAUUAUUGCUGUUAUUAUUGCUAUAAUUUAUUUUAUUGCAACGUGGCUGGAGAACCUAGUGAGGGUCAUAUCAGGCCAAGUCCUACGCAAAUGCAGAACCAAGAACCAUCCCUGCCCUGGGGAGCAAGAGGGAAGGGCCCAGUCCUGCAAAACACUUAAGCACGUAUAUAAAUCCGUUUGCGGGACUUGUUCCCUUAGAGGUCCACAUUAACCACACAUCCAAUUUUUGACGUCGAAGGGUUUGCAGCACAAGGUUUGGUCGUGCCAAACCAGACCUUUGCGAUGGCUCGGUGGUCACCAGAAUGCAGUGAGCGAAUGAGAACCAGGACAGGGAGCCAGAGGGGUAGAAAGGUCAUUCAACCAUUCCUAAACGUCUUUCCUCUUUGUGGAAGUGAAAUAUCUUGAAUCACUUCACCACUUCUUUUCUAAAUUGAUCAGAAGAGAUCCACGUUUCACUUCCAAUCUUCUGGGCUGGCUGGAGAGGGCGCAAUCAGGAGGAGCUCAGGAAUAUUGUAAGGGAGCUUUAAAACCGAUCAACAACUCUUAAUAUAACACUGAAGCUGUGACUAUGGCAGGGGUGGUGUUUUGCUUCAUUUUUUCCCCCCCCAUGUAUAAAGUCUGAAGCUUCCCAGAUCAUCUGGGAAGGUCCCUUGGAAACAAGAUGCUUAUUUGUAAGGGGGGAGAGGGAAAUCAACCAACUGAACAAGCUGUAAUUAUUUAAAGAUGUAAAAAAAAUACAUAUUAUGAAGUAGUAUGGCUACCAAUCCACGUAACUUCUACACCUUUAGAACUAAUGGAAAUAAAACAAUGAUAAUA